CUCGGAAAUUGGAAGACAUUUUGGAAAAUUAUAAUGAACUAACGUCGUCUUAUUCUCAAUAUAUAAGUCCUGAAGUCUGACAAUCAUCAUGCCUGCCCUCAUUGAAAGACCAAAGAUGACCCGUACAAUGUAUCAGGCAUUGAAGAAACACAUAAUGAAAGAACGGGAGAAGAAAAAACAAGAACAAGAGCAAGAUGCUGCCAUUGAGAGGCAGAGGAAGGAGCAAGAGAUGAAGAAAAAGAGAGAACAAGCUAACAGUUUAACAUUGGAGCAGACAAAGGAACAGGUCCUUGAAUUGGAAAAGAAACUUGAGAAGUUAAGGCGUGAGAAACAUGAUAUGUUUUCUCAGUUGAAGAAAGUGCUUCACCAUGAAGAUGAAGCCAGGAGACGUACACAAAUCAAGGAAGAUGAGUACAUGCAGAGUAUGACCGGACAUGGGUUCCCUCAACAGCCAGGACUUAUUCAAGGGCAGCUGUUUGUACAGGGCCCCCACAUGGGUCCCCAAGGGAAGCCUGCCAUGUACCGUCCCACCCAGCAGCAACAGCAAUACUACCUGCCCCAGCAGCCCCCACAAGCUACCCCACAGGCUGCUGCUCCACCCCCUCAAGUAAAGAAAAGACCACGAAGUCCCACUCCACCUCCAGUGUCUAUAGCAAGUCACAAUUACCCAGGUUAUGCUGAACAGAAGUUCCCCGCAGGAUAUUCCCAGGGUGCCCAGAAACCGCAACAACCUCAAUACCCACACAAGACUCCAGCCUCCCAUACAAGUCAGCAUACAACUUAUGCCAGCCAGUCAGGCCAACAUGCCAGCCAGUCUGGACAACAGCAACACAGCUACCAACAAUCGCAGCCUGCAUAUUCUACAGCCCAAGCUGCUGCAAAGUAUGCACCCCCAGGCUCCUCUGCAUUCUCCUCCUACCCCAGCCAUUAUGCCCACCAGCAAAAGCAGCUGACGGAUCAUUACACUGGAGGAUAUCCCCAGGGGGCCAUGCACAGAAUGUCAUCUCCUGCAGCUCCGGGUCGACCACAGACAUCUCAAGCAAGUUACAGUCACCCACAUGGUUCUAAUCUAUCGCUACAGCAACUGGAGCAUGCCAACAAAAAAUCUGGAUUUAGUGAUGAAAAAUAUCAACGCCAGCAGCAAAUACCUGGACAGCAUCCUGGCCAGAGGGGUAAGAUGACACUACCCCAGCAGGGUGGCACCCAGAUGCCCCAGGGUCUGCAAGGUUUACCCAUACAACAGCAGGCUCCUCCACCACAAAAGGGCAGCAUUGUGUCAGGGUAUCCUGUGAGGACCCAAGGCCCAAGUCAUACUGCCCCAUAUCAAACCCCAGUAUCCCAUAGCCAGGGCAAGAGUGUGUAUUCCACUCCGCAGAACUCGGCACAAAGACACUCGUUCCCUGGUCAAAGAACAUUGAAAUACUGUAUCAGACAUUGA